AUGAUUUCUCUUCCUUCUACAUCAUCGCCUGUGCCGUCGCCAUUGUCGCAGCGCACCAACUCGCUUGCAGUGACCUCCUUGCCCAAGGCUUUUUUUCACCCUGUCGUCCUCACCAUUUUGAAAUCGCACUUUGAAAGAUACGGCGAAAUCAACCAAUGGGUGCCCCUACCAGGGUUCGGACGAAUUAUCGUGGUUUACACUGAAGAGGAGCACGCGGAAGUCGCCAAGAUCGAGUGCGAUCCCAUUAUCGUGCGGGGUGCUUCAGACCUAUCACAAAUUAUCUUGCGCGUGUACAGAGCCGACCCCAACCCCCUGAUCACGACGUUUGGCCAGCCGGUGCCCCAAGCCAACUUCCUGCGGCCACCCGCAGUCGAGAAGAACUUCCUCAUCUCGCCGCCGGGAUCACCGCCUGUGGGCUGGGAACCCAUCAAGGAGGACCCACCCAAUGCAGCGCCGCUUGCUGACGACCUGAUUGCGGCACUCAAACUUCUCCAGGUGCAGGAGAGUGGGCCUAGUGUGGAAGUGCUGAUACACCCUGAGGAUUCCUGUGUGGGCGUGUUCGUGGAGGAUUGUGACCGGUGUAAAUCCGAUGGGAACAUCGAGGAGGAGGAUUGGGUGUAUGGACAGACGGCCCCUGCCAGGACGAAGUGGCGGCCUAUGGUCACUGCUAUGCCCCCCCCUCUGCCAACUCGAAUCCCUGUGUAG